GAGGAGAGUGGCCCAAGGCGAGAGAUCUACCUCCACUAGAUAUCCCCCUCACGUCAGCUCUCACGUCAUCCGUCCCAGACGACGAGCCAAACGGGCGUUAUUACCGUCAGCUCCCUGUGGCUCACAUAACAUUUUUUUUUUUUCUCCUCCCCAAUAUUUAUCCUCAAUCCUGGAAGGACACCCUCAACAUGGCGGAGACGGUGGUAAUGUCCAAGGACAUAUCGAUGGGCGACAAGAUCCUCGUUACCGUCGAGUCCGCACUACCAGACAUUAUAGUCGUCAGCUUUGACCACGGGGUCAAGUCAUUCCAGGGAGCACUACUCGAUGCCACCAAGAGAGGAUUACCCUGUGGGGUCCAACCGCCAGAGCCCUUGUCAGGACCUGAUGGUGACAAACUAGCAACAAUAGCAGCGCGUUUCAGUUACUUCCAAGAUAAAAAGGUCAAAAGCGUCGUCAACAAGAUUGACUUGAGGAGAAAUAUAAAUCCCCCGGCUAGGUACAAAAAUGCAAGGCCAACCGUUAGAUUACGUCCACGGCAAGUGCUCUGUAACAAUUGCCGAUCAAUUUGCAAUGAGAAAAGUGAGAAUAUGGAUAUCGGUAAGAAACGUAAACUCAAUGAUAGAGUUAUCGAUACAGACAUUGUGCUGAGGCGCAGUGAAAGACGUUGUGUUCAGCAGACUGAUAAAAAUAGAAGUGGCGAUGAGUUAUUGGACAGUGUGCCAUCAUUGUUACCGAAAAUCUCAAGAUUAGAGUCUAGUAAGCAAGAGGAUAGUAAGAAUGAGGAAAGCCUGGAUGCUGGGGCUUGUUGGUUGAGGCCGGAGGAUUGGAAUUCUGGAGGAGAGGCAAGAGAGGGGCAGAGAAAUCGUUGUGGCACGUCUGAUGUGGAGCCAUCUGAGUCAACGAUGCCUGAGGGAGGUGCUAAUGUUGCUUGUCGAGCAACACCUCGUCGCCUCAGCAGUUCCUCAGUGGAAAGUGCCAAAAUACCAGAGGAUGACGAUGAGAGGGACAACGAGGGUACGAUGAUGGCAGCAGCAGACUCCACAGUGAAAUCCAAGAAUUCAGGGCGCACAUCCAGGAAGAAAAGAUCGGUGGGCUCGAUGGAGGACCUGUGGGAUGAAACGAUAUUCGAAGACAAUGGACGGAAUACGAGAGCCACUCCUGUUAUCAAAAUAUCGUUUGGGGCUCAGGGUGAGGGGACUGUUCUCAAGAUACCGUCCAAGAUAAAGAACCUGGUGGGGGAGUCGGAGACUGAGUAUGAGGAGCCGAUGGGGGAGGGAAAAUUCGAGGGGACGAGGGCUGAUGAAGACGGCCUGCAGGAGCAGUUGGAUCCGCAGAAGCAGAACUCGGGGAAGGACUCGGCGUGUGCGAAAGCUGCCAAGAGGGCACUCAAGAGGGCUAAGAAGGAGGCCAGGAGGAAGAUGAUGGGCGGGGGUGGGGUAUCACCUGGGAGGUCACCUUUAAGCACCUCUCCGAGAUACAAUCCGUCCUUUGAUCCACUCGCUUAUCAUCGGCGCAAGCACAAGGUCAAGCACAAAAAGAAGCACAAGGAGGAGCGCAAACAUAAGAAUCAGCAGCCGUUGCAGGGGGAUACCAAAGAUUCGGAGGUACUUAAUGGCCUACCCAGUGGGGAAUCUUAUACUGCGAUUAAGGAGCAGUGCUUGAAGCAGAAGCUGUCAAUAUCGUUGAAGAGGUUGAAUACGAAUGCUUAUGCCAGAUGUGAUUAUCCUGUGAGCAAUGGUUCGUCUGGGUGCAAGAGCCCGGGGGCUAGUAGUGAAGAGUUGAGCGAACCUGAGCAAGAACAUCAGUUGGAGCGAGAGGGUGAGGCCAGUGAAAAUACACCGGAUUUCCCACCUCCUGCUCAUCCACUUGCUUUGAGACUGGCUGCUACAUCUGUGGCUCAUUGUUUAACUGCCAGUGGGCGCAGGAUGGAUGUUGGAGAUGUGGUCUGGGGAAAGAUUCAUGGGUUUCCUUGGUGGCCGGGGAAGGUUCUGAGCAUAUCGAUGACUUGCAAGGAAGACGGUGCGUCACCAGAAGCUCAAGCUCACGUUGCGUGGUAUGGAUCGUCCACGUGUUCUUUGAUGUCUUGUGAUCGACUCAGUCCAUUCCUCGAGACCUUCAAGGCUCGUUACAACAAAAAGAAGAGAGGCCCUUACAAGGAAGCCAUAAGGCAGGCGCAGAGUGAGGCACGCAGUCAAAUAACACCAAACUCAACGAAUGACGUUUUGAAAGUCUGUGGAUCACCACGCGAGGUCAAUGUACUAUCCUGAGAUAAAAAAAUAUUUAAUGUUCGUACAAUUCGUCACUGCCGUCGACUGCCUCGCAAGAGGUAAACUUGACAGGUCGAAUUUAUCACUGUAAUAUAAUGUUUUUGUACAUAAGUUAAUUGGAAUUGUGAUGGCCAAUGUUCUCAGAGUAUUCGUUAUCGUUAAGAGCCGAGUCUGAGGCAUUUUCCGAUUACUUUCGAGUGUCAUUCAUACGAGGACGAUUAGAACGCGUCCAUCUCUGCUCCGUUUGGUGGAAAAAUCGGGGCUAAAUUGAGGGUAAAUUGAGCAGAAUUUUUUAAAAAUCAUUAUACCUCAGGAAUGAGUUGAUCAAUGGGCCUCAGUCUGGGCUCAUUACAAGGAAAAAAGGACAGGGGAAGGUCGGGCAAAAUGGACACGUUAUUCGUUUUUUUAAUAAUCAUAAUUCAAGAAUUGAUUUAUUAAUUGAAUUCAAUUUGGGUUCGUUAGGAGGAACAGAAAGUGAGAUGAAGGAAAUUUUAAAACAUCUACUGAUAACCGACAAACGAUGGAAAAUGAGUCUUAAAUAGAGUGAAGUGUCCAUUUUGGGGAAAAGUUAAAGGAUAACGUAUCCUGUAGGUUUCGACGCUUCUUCUCGGUUUUGAUGUGUUUGUUGAUCGCUUAAUGACGAGUACGAUUAUUGGAAUUUUUCCGUUUUCCUGUUCUUCUGAAUGAAGUAAUAAUUUUAUUGUCCUUUGUUACUGUUAAUAUUGUUUAUUUGCUAGAUUGGUUUAGCAAUUUAAAAAAUCAGUGUUCUUCUUCAUUAGUGUUAAUUCCAUCAGACAGAUAAAAUUUGUAUUAUCUUUCCAAACGCUUUAUACUUAUACUGCCGACAUGAUUACAAUUGAUGAAGCAGAGCGUCCAGAUAACGCGCACAGUUUUAUUUUCGUUAUUUCAACCGUAAGAAAUAAUCGAAUAACGGCUGUAAAUACUCAGUAAGAGACAAUCGUGCGACCAGACAGAAAGUUCAAAUUACCCAUUUUUUAAUGAAUACACUUGACACGAUGAUUUUUGAAAUGUAGUUGAAUGAUUUAGAAUGACAGUUUGUUGCCAAUCAUCUUUCGUCGUCAGUGAGACGAAUCUACAUAGAGAAAAAGAAGUUUUUAUUUUCAGUGAUUAAUCCUCUGAUAAUUAGGAAAAGAAAA